AAGAGAGAGAGGAGGGAGGAGGGAGGAGAGGGAGGAGCGAUGGCGAGAGACAUAGACGAUCUGCCGAAGAACGAGGCCAACCACACCGCCCUGACGCCGCUGUGGUUCCUCGAGCGGGCCGCCCUGGUCCACCCGGGCCGGCGGUCGGUGGUCCACGGCUCCGUCGCCUUCACCUGGCUCCAGACGUACCAGCGGUGCCGCCGGCUGGCCUCCGCUCUCUCCAGCCGCUCCAUCGGCGCCGGUUGCACGGUUGCAGUGAUUGCGCCGAAUGUGCCUGCCCUAUGUGAAGCUCAUUUUGGAGUUCCCAUGUCCGGAGCUGUAGUAAAUUGUGUCAAUAUACGUCUAAAUGCUCCGACAGUUGCUUUUCUUCUUGGCCAUUCAUCUUCUGAAGUUGUAAUGGUGGACCAAGAGUUCUUCCCGUUGGCUGAGGAAGCUCUGAAAAUAUUAGCAGAGAAGAGUAAGAAAAAUUAUAAGCCUCCGCUUCUGAUUGUUAUAGCUGACGAAAGCUGUGACCCAAGAACACUUAGGCACGCUUUAGGAAAAGGGGCAAUUGAAUAUGAGAAGUUUUUGGAAAGCGGAGAUCCAGAGUUUGCUUGGAAACCACCGGAAGAUGAGUGGCAGAGUAUCACUCUCGGUUAUACUUCUGGUACAACUGCCAGUCCCAAGGGAGUCGUAUUAAGCCAUCGAGGAGCAUAUCUCAUGUCUGUAAGUAACCCUCUUGUCUGGGGGAUGAAUGAAGGGGCCAUUUACUUGUGGACUUUGCCUAUGUUUCAUUGUAAUGGUUGGUGUUUCACAUGGACACUGGCAGCUCUUUGUGGAACCAGCAUAUGCCUUAGACAGGUAACAGCUAAGGCAGUGUAUUCAGCAAUCGCUAAAUAUGGCGUGACUCACUUCUGCGCUGCGCCUGUGGUUUUGAACACCAUAGUCAAUGCUGCACCUGAAGAAACCAUACUCCCUCUCCCUCACACCGUUCAUGUAAUGACAGCUGGUGCCGCCCCACCACCUUCUGUUCUCUUUGCAAUGUCCCAGAAAGGCUUCCGUGUUGCGCACACAUAUGGGCUGUCUGAAACUUAUGGUCCUUCUACAAUCUGUGCAUGGAAGCCCGAGUGGGAUUCGCUGCCUCCAGAACAGCAAGCCCGCCUCAAUGCACGCCAAGGCGUUCGUUACACAGCUCUAGAAGGUCUUGAUGUCGUGAGCACUCAAGACAUGAAACCCGUUCCUGCUGACGGUAAAACCAUAGGAGAGAUAGUGAUGCGGGGCAACGCCGUCAUGAAAGGCUACUUAAAGAACCCAAAAGCCAACAAGGAGUCUUUUGCAGGGGGAUGGUUCCAUUCUGGAGAUCUUGGUGUGAAACAUCCUGACGGAUAUAUUGAAAUCAAGGACAGGUCAAAGGACAUCAUCAUCUCUGGAGGCGAAAACAUAAGUAGCGUAGAGAUCGAGAAUACUCUGUACACGCAUCCGGCGAUUUUAGAGGUCUCUGUGGUUGCAAGGCCUGACGACCGAUGGGGAGAGUCUCCUUGUGCUUUUGUGACACUCAAGCCAGGAGUGGAUAAAUCCGAUGAGCGGCGACUGGCAGAGGAUAUAAUGAAGUUUUGCCGGGAGAAAAUGCCGGCUUAUUGGGUUCCAAAGUCUGUCGUGUUCGGGCCAUUGCCAAAAACUGCUACGGGAAAGAUACAGAAACAUUUGCUGAGGGCCAAGGCAAAGGAAAUGGGACCUGUCAAGCGUAGUAAAUUAUGAGUGCACCCCGGUCGAGCUGGUCUUGUCUCUUUCUCUUCGUUUGUACUUGGUACCGUGAAGCCUGGACUUUGCAUGUUGUUUUUUAAUAAAAGCCCUUUUGUGUGACACCUUCCUACUUUUCUUGAGAAAGCUAUUCAUCUUCCUGAUCA